AUGGCCAUUCCAUUUACUGAACAACAGGAAAAGAAAGAUAAAGUUAAAGUUAAUUCACCAGAACUCUUCAAGAAUGAACAAGGAAAAUUACAAGCUUUCUUGAGUCAACUACACAUCUAUAUGAAUAUGAAAGACAAAGAACUCAACAGCAACAGGAACAAGAUAAUGAUGACAGUAUUAUAUCUUUAUAAAGCAGCAUUCAAUUGGUUUAAUGUCUAUCUGUGA